AUGGUCAAAUCCAGCGAGGUUUUGUUUUACCUCCUACACCCCCAGCAAUUGCGCUCUAUCAUUCAAUGGAAAGUCUGGCACAACCCGGUCCACGAACGAGAUGAAUCCAAAGAAACCGAAUCCGUCAAAAACUGCUUCAAGUACCUGGACAUGACCAGUCGCUCCUUCAGCGCCGUCAUCAAAGAGUUGCACCCAGAGCUUCUUCUGCCAGUUACUGUGUUCUACCUGGUUCUACGCGGUCUGGAUACCAUUGAAGAUGACACCUCGAUCCCCGCUAAGAAGAAGGAACCAAUUCUGCGCAGCUUCGACGAGGUUCUUGAGAUUGACGGAUGGACUUACACUGAGAACAGGCCAGAGGAGAAGGAUCGAGAACUGUUGCUCAAUUACGGUUGCGUCAUCGAAGAGUUCAAGAAGAUGAAACCUGCCUACCAAGUUAUCGUCAAGGAUAUCGCGAAGAGAAUGGGCAAUGGCAUGGCCGACUAUUGCCUGAAAUCUGAGAACAACAAUUUUGCCGUCAUGACCUGCGAAGAGUACGACCAGUAUUGUUACUAUGUGGCGGGAUUGGUCGGUGAGGGAUGCACGAGAAUGUUUGUUGAGAGCAAAUUCGGAAACCCGGCUCUGCUCCAGAGAUCCAACCUUCACAGAUCGAUGGGGCUUUUCCUGCAAAAGGUCAACAUCAUACGAGACGUGCGAGAGGAUUUCGACGACCAGCGAAUAUUCUGGCCAAAGGAGAUCUGGUCCAAGCACGUUGACCAAUUUGAAGAUCUCUUCAAACCAGAGUACAAGGAGCAGGCACUAAAUUGCAGCGCGGAAAUGGUAUUGAACGCACUCGAGCAUGCCGACGAAUGUAUUUUCUAUAUGGCUGGGCUUCGGGAGCAGAGUGUGUUCAACUUUUGCGCAAUUCCCCAGACUAUGGCGAUUGCGACGCUGGAUCUCUGCUUCAGGAAUUACUCCAUGUUCCUCCGCAACAUUAAAAUCACAAAGGGCGAGGCCUGUCAGAUCAUGCUCGAAUCGACCCAAAACCUGCAGGUGGCGUGUGAGGUGUUCCGCCGACAUAUUCACUCUAUCCGCAAAAAGAAUCGGCCGCAGGACCCCAACUUUUUGAAGAUCAGUAUUGCCUGUGGCAAGGUGGAGCAGUUUAUCGAGUCGAUAUUCCCCUCCCAAAAGGUUGAGGACGUCUUGGCCAAGAACAAGGCAGACGAGGCUCGAGCGGCCCUUUCCAAGAAAGGAGCAUCGAAGGAUUCAUCCGAGUCACUUGCGCUGUUUGGCGCGGUGGGUGUGAUGCUCCUCAUCAUUACUGUUACUAUACUUGGGGCCGCAUGGCUUGUGGGUGCCCGAUUCGACGUGGUCUUUGAGGACCUGAAGAAGUUCUGGGGACAGAUGUGGAGCGGUUCAGUCCUCAAUGGAACACAAAAUGGCACUUCGAGCGACACCACUAGUCAUGGCGAACUAUGA